GAUGCCUUAGUUGGGUUAUCUCCACACAGUGCGAUGUCCACGCGUCUCGAUAGCGUUGCGCUGCGACCGAGUCAUUUGGUAUACAAACUUUCAGAAACCCUGGACCUCUUUACCUCAGCUGAUUCAUUUAGGAUGUUGUAAUCGGUAUCUCAAUAAGGAUGAUGUCACGUGACCGAUGACGCAUAAUUAUUCAACCGAGGGUAGGAGAUUGCAUAAUCCUUUGUCAGUUGGAAUAGACAGUUCACCUGAGGUUAACUUGGGGAAAACCGCCCUUUUUUGGAUACGGGAUCGAAAAUAAGGAUACUCCGGAUCUCAAGAAUCCUGGAAACUGUGACAAAAGCUCCAGUAACUGAUGCCAUCCUCUCGGAAAUACAACAAGAAUGCCCCGAGCUCCAGUGGUUCCAGUGAUUCAGGAACCCCUGCCAGUAUGCCAGACGGGGAUGCCAGACCAACUGUGUCGGCAACAACCUUGACCAUUCCCAAGGUCACCUCCAGAAGGUCCCAUUCUCCAGUUUCAUCAGUAGAGGCCAACAUUGCCCAGCAGCUCCUGGCCUUGAGGGAGAGUCCAGUAAGCAGUCAGAAGGGGGAGGUGUUGCCGUCUCGGAAACAACGUGAGUUCAUACCAGACGCCAGCAAAGAUGCCCACUACUGGGAGAGACGACGGAAGAAUAACGAAGCUGCUAAACGGUCCAGAGAGAAGCGAAGGAUGAAUGACAUGGUGCUCGAGGGUCAGAUCAGUGAGCUGACGGAGGAGAACCAAAUGCUGCGUGACGAGCUGAUUAGUCUGAAGAAACGCUUUGGCCUCCCUCUUGGCAAUCUGGCCAAACCACGUGCUCGGCCUUCUUCCAGUCCAACACCAGAUAAUAAUGGCGUCCAGAAUCCUAUCACUCCACCUCCUGCAACAGCUGAACCUCAGCCACAGAAAACCUCAAGCACACCACGCAUCCACUCCAAUUCCAAGACCAAAAAAUGUGAAGUCACCAAACCAUCUCCACAAGUUGGCAUCCAGGUUCCCCGCGUUGCACCACAACAGAUGAUCCAAAUACCCGGACAACAAACCCUCGCCCUAGUCUCCUCCAUCCCUUAUCAGAUGAACGGCCAGUGCUCGGAACCAACGUCUGACAUCAGUGUUCAAACAAGCCAGCCCAGUGAAGGAAUAGAUAUCCAAGCAUCUGCAGCCUAUGCCGUCCAGACCGAUAGCAAAGCCGGCAUGAUGAUCCCAGGCAUCUGCACAUGGCAGAUGAUGCCAGCACACCUCAUCACCGAGCCAGCUGAGGAAGACCAGCCAGAGGUCCAAGAGCAACUGCAAGAAGGGCCUGAAGGCGCGCCACUGAAUCUCGUCAUCAAGAAUGUCUUCUCAAAGGCUGAUGAAGACAGCGGCACUGAUGGCUCUAACAGCAUGCACAUAAAAUCUGAGCAACAUGGUUCAGAGGAAGAGGACUGUGUGGUGUUAGCUGGCUGUCGUGACACCUUGACAUUAGAAAAACGGUAUAAGAGUCAACGUUUCGCCGAGAGUGAACACUCGGAUUCUUACAGGGACUCAGACAAUGAAUCUUUCUCGAGUUAUUCUAGCAUGCCGAAGAGGUUGAGAAUUGAUGAAUCAGAUACUACAGAAACAAGCCUGCUGAAUGAUGAUCUGAGUACGCCAUCGUCCAUUGGGAAAUAUCGCUGUCAGAUUGACCCGAAGUAUUCCGAGAGGCGGCAGCGCAACAACGAGGCUGCCAGGAAGUGCCGGGAGAACCGUAAGAUGGCGCUGCGAGUUCGGACAGCGAGGACGAAUCUCCUAGCAGUUGAAAAUGACAAGUUGAAGAAUGAACUGUUGAACCUGUCUGAUGAAGUCAAGAACUUAAAACAGCUGAUUGAGACCAAAAAGGGUAUCAAGAUCUCUGAUGUUCAUCCUAUGCUUGAUACUAUAAAGGUCGAAAAGAUCGAACCCGUCAGUCCUCCCCCGUCUUCUCCAGCUACGGAAUAAAUAAGCGGCAACGUUCACUUGAAUGAGUUGUUGAUGAGGCAGUAAGUAUUGAGUCUUAAAAGCCUUAGUUUUUUCGAUGGGCCAAUGCAGGUUAUUCCAAGACAGUACUUUUCAUACUGUUCUCUUUACUCUUACGAUUUGCGAAAUAUCCCAAUUUUUUGGCUGAUUUGCAACUAUUCUAUUGGUUUUUCCAAUCAAAAAUUAUUUUCACAUGUUUCAUUUUUAUGAAUCCUAGCCUGAUCAUUUGCCCAACCUGAAAAAUUAAAAGGCCCACAUAAAUGUUACUGUUGACAGUGAACACAAGACUGGAAGGAUGUUGAUUCUGAUGACCAUUUUUUUGCUAAAUUGGAAUGUUGAAGUAGCAUCGCAACUAGUGCUAAUUAUUAUUGUGCCAUAUCUUUUAUACUGCUACAGCAUAUUUACUAACCUACAUUUUGAUGCGCUAUUGUUAUUAUAGUCAUUUUAUAACAUGAUUUGUGUGAAAAUACCUACAGCCAUGUUGUUAUCACAUUUUUCCACAGGGAACUGGAGUUCGACAUCAGACAUGAAAGUCAUUUUUUAAAUCAAUUAAUCAUCAAAAUUAGUUAAAUAUCACGGACAUUGAAAGACAUGAAUAACUUCAAGUAGAUUGUUUAAAUAAGUUGGUCUAUUGUUACUUUUAUGUCAUAGUAAAAAUAUAUAUUCUUAAGUUUCCUGUGGAAAUGUGACAACAAAAUGGCUGAAAAAUAUUUUUGGCAGACCAUCUAUUAAUAUAUGAUCAGUUGAGAACUGAAUACUUUAUAAAGUUGUGCUAUUGAUGUGGUCAUAUUCGGUUUCAGACCUGUGGUUUGGAACUCAUUCAAAACCAUCAAUACCAUUUACAUGCCCUAUUAAGUAGGGUCUACUCUGUUCCUGGAGUAGUUGCUAAGAAAGUCAGGCAUGUGACAAAGCACAGACCCAUAGAGUUUAUGAGACUUUCUCAGCUGUUAUAACCAAGUGGUGGUGUUUGUGUUACCAUGGCAACUGAUGAUGCUGACAUUUGCUGGGCUCCCUGCAAUGUUAUUGUGUGAUCUAGAGUUGCAUAAUUGAGUAGAGGAUCACUGAGCCAUUCAUUGCAUCGAUUUUCAGGUAUUUGUCCUCUGCCUAACAUGCUGUGUAAUUAUCUAAGAUUGCCUAUGUCCAGGCUGCACCUUUGACUAAAAUAAGUCCGCCUCUGCUUUGCAGUCAAGCCAGAUUUUCUGCAUUAAGGGGAAUCUAACUACUUGAGCACCUUUGGCCAUCUCUGGGUGGGACUGCACCCUAUUUCCGUAUAAUGCAUGGUUGGAGAAACCAAUGGUCUUAGAACAAGACUUUGUUCAUGAGACUUUCUUUCCAAGAGUCAUUGAUACCUUUUACACCAGCCUGGCAGAACCCUGGUGCUUGUUGAUUGUGUUGCCGUUGCAUAACUGAACUUGUGUCUGCUACCACAGGGUUAAUGCUAGUUACGUGUUACUUAAUCCUUACAACUGGUAGUGCCUGUCUUGUAGCUUCGCCUCCAUGGAUACAGCCCAGUCGACUCAUUGAUCCAAUAGUAGACUAUGACUUCAUCUGAUCAUGUACCUGGCUGCUGCAAUAAUAGUGCAUUGGGACUAUGAAAGACUGAUCUGCCAUCUUUGGUCUAAUUGUUAAACUAAACGACAUGCCGGUAGCGUAGGACACUUUUUCAAAGGAACAGUAAUUACUAUUACACCAGUCUGUGUUAUAGAAACGAACCUACCAUCAAAUUCACUCUGAAUACAUUUAUUUGGAACCAGUUCUCUCUCUGUUUGAUAUGUAGUAAGGAGUAAAAAUGGAAGAACCCUUAUUUGUUCAAAUGAGCAGGCACACGUGCCAACUUACUGGCAGUGAAUGUCAAUCUUAAAGUCUCCUCAUUUCGUGAAGGAUGGAUAUACGCACAACGACGGUAGAUCGGCAUGGCAGGCACACAGCCUUGUUACUGUUAAAAUGUUAAAAAGGUCUUUACCGGUAGUUUAUAGUUUCUGUGCCGGGCUGGUACAUUGAAGUGGUUGAUUUACUUUUUGUACAAACUUGCUGUGGUGAAAUGUGUUAAUUUCCUACCUCAUACAUGUAGAUUGUACAUUGUACCAUUUUGCUAAAAUGUGCCAUGAAGUCGUUUUUUCUCUGUCAUUAAGGUUUUAUAAUCACUUUUGAAGUUAGGGUCUGUGUCCACUGCCUUGAUGCUGCAGGUCCGCCAUCAUGUGACUGAUAUUUUGACAGACCUGAGGGACCUUGACCACCUUUGUGUAUCUUUUCUAGUAAUGUGUCUACUUUGUUUCAAAUGACAGGGUUUGAUCCUUGUCUGCUAAACCUGUUCUGCAAUUUCUAAACAUUUGAUAAGAAAUUACUAAUGCCAUUGAUGAAUUUGAGAAGAAGCAAGUCUUUUUAGUGUAUCAUGAAAGGUAGGCCUUAUGCAGCAGCAAGUGCAAAAUCUGUACAUUACUUUUCAUGCAAUCAAUGCUUAGUCUUUUGGUACCAGUAAAGCUAUGACAUCACUCGCAGGAGUUAGACUGUAUGCGAGUUGUCAUUACAUUUUCAGUUUUACUCACUACUUUUGUAUAUACAUGUAUCAUAUUCAUGUUCAACAUUGAUAGCCAGCCACCAAAAGACAUUGAAUGUAAACAGGAAUUCUUGAUUUUAGUAGAUUUAGAUGCAUUUACCUUAUUUCUAACUGCAGUGCCAUAUAUAGCUUGAUAUUACGUUUUGUUUUGUUAGUGACUUUGUGUAUGCUGGGUUUGUACAAAUAUGUACCAUGCAUGUACUGGAGAAACAGCGACUACUAAAAUUAGAGAUAUGCUUAAAAUUUUCUUUUGCAAAAUAAAGUGCUAUAAUAAAAACUUUGCCACCACUGGUUUGUUUCGCCAACAUUAAUGCCAAAGAGUUCCACCGUUUACAGAAUCCAUUAUCCUGCAGCGCAAACUUAAACAUGUACAUGUAUUUGGAAUGUUAUCAAUUUCUUUUUGCCUGCUUACGUAUAACCUUUUGUUUGUUGAUGUCAAAGACAUAUGUAUAAUCAUAUAUUUAAUCGGUUACUUGUAGCCUUGAAUUCUGCUGUUAAUGAAUUAUGAUACCGUUUUAAUACUAUUAUCACUGGCCAAAUAUAGUUGUAGGUGCUACUGGACACGUGGUUAGAACUAUGUAACAUAGUCGAGCUUUGAUGAAAGAAUUAAACGCAUAUUCUAAUGUUUUUCUAUAAAUAA